AUGUACGACCAACCCGUGUACGCCGAGACAAGCCCAGAGGAACUCUACCAAUUCAUCCGCGACAACCCCCUAGGCAUAUUAACAACUGCAAUCCCCUCAACCCUUUAUCCCCUCCUUCAAUCCACCCACAUCCCCUGGAUCCUCGACCCCCCGAACCAAGGAAAUGAAACCGCCAAAGCAAGACUCAGAGGCCACAUCGCCCGCCAAAACCCGCAAUCCAAAGCCAUAGUCGACUCCCUCAAAAAAUCAAACUCCAACUCCCCUUCCGGCUCCUUCUUAUCUCAAGAAGUCAUGAUCCUCUUCACCUCCCCGCAUCACCAUUACGUGACGCCCAAAUUCUACACAGAGACGAAGCCAGUCACGGGCAAGGUAGCGCCGACGUGGAACUAUAGUACAGUACAGGUUUAUGGCACCUUAACUGCGUAUUUUGAUGCCGAGGUCAAAGAGACGGGGGAGUUUCUGGAGCAGCAGUUACGGGAUUUGUCUGAUCAUUGUGAGAGGGAUAUUAUGGGGUUUACUGGGGAGGAUGGGAAGGAGGAAGCUUGGAGGGUGGAUGAGGCACCGGAGGGGUAUUUGAGGGUUUUGAAGAGGAACAUUGUGGGGUUGAGUGUGGAGGUUGAGAGGAUUGAGGGGAAGGUUAAGAUGAGUCAGGAGAGGAAACGGGGGGAUCGGGAGGGAGUUGUUGAGGGGUUUGCGAGGUUGGGAACUGAUACCGCGAAAGAGAUUGCGAGGUUGGUAAAAGUGAGGGGGGAUAUGAGGGAUGGUCACGGUGUUGGGGGGUGAUUGUUCUUUGGCUUGUGGUGGAGGGAGAUUGGUGUGAUAUUGUAUCGUGGGACUAGAACAGAAUACAGUAUGGUAUGAU